AUGGCCAUCUCAAUUGCCGACGCAUCAGGCCCAUUCUUGUGCCCAUUCUUCCUCAUGCCUGACCUCAAGACCGCUCCGCCGGUCAGACACAGCUUGUUCCACCGCCUCGGACUUCGCAGCUGGCUGGGGAGGGACGGCGAAGGCAUCGGUUCUCACUCGCAGUUCGUUGCCCGUGAAUUGAGCCGCCAGCGUCUGGCAGGCCUGCCUCGUCCCAACGAGAAGGCUAUGCACGACGAUGACGAUAUCAACAGCGUGGCGUCUGUCGCGAACAGUGACCAGUUCGCUGCUUCGCUCCCACAGCCGAGCCCGUCCAACGUUAGCAUCGGCUUGCCCAGGGCGCCCACCUUCAAGAGACAGAAUUCUGAACGCCGAGACCAUCUGACUCCCUCAGAGUCCGGCCUGGGCCAUAGGCGUGCGUACUCUGCUGACCGGCAGGGAGACCUUGGUCCAUGUCGAACCAACUCUCCUCUCCCGCCGUACUCCCCGCGGCUGUCCGUACCGGAUCUGCCUGCGGACGACCAUAUAUCGAACCUGGCAUCGCCAACAUUAAUCAACGAAGAACCCUCCGCGAUCCAGGGGGAACCGGGACUGGAACUGGAACGUGAACGUGAACCCCAACCCCAAACUGACCUCGCCUCGGAAUAUGGAGCUCCAUCUGAGGAUACAAUCGAUAACGACCUAGAGGCCGAACUAGACAAAAAAUGGAUCCUAAACCUUAGCAUGCGGUUUCGGGACAAAUCUGACCGUGAGAAGUUCUUCAUCACGUAUGCAGAGGCUCCGAACCGAUGGCGAAAGGUUACCGUUUCCUGUGAUUACCGCAAUGCCGAGCCCGAAUCGCUCGAAUCGGACUUGAAAAAACUUCAAUAUCAUCGAGAGAAAAACUCGCAUAUAUACGAAUCAAUCCGCGAGUCGAUCGAUGAGAUUCAGUUCUAUGACACCGUCACCAACCUUAAGCUGGAGACUCGUGAUGGCCGACUUCACGUACACGUUACCGAGGACAUUAACGAGGUCAUCAUCUUUCCGCCAAUUUCAAGCGUUGAAUACCUCAAUCCUCUGUUCAUCCCCGAAAGCGAGCUAGACUUUGACUCCCAUCUAUCCGGUUUUGUUUAUCGCGUCAAGUACCACGGAAAGGACUACGUGAAGAAGGAAAUCACGGGCCCAGACACUGUCGAAGAAUUUUUAUAUGAGAUCAACGCCCUCCACGCCCUCCUAGAGUCUAACAACGUCAUCAACUUUAGAGCUAUCGUCGUAGACGACACUAGAACAUUGGUUAAAGGUCUUUUGAUAGACUAUGCUGAACAGGGUGCCUUGGCUGAUUUGUUUUAUGACUUCAAAGGCGAGCUUUCUUGGCAACGGAGAGAACGUUGGGCGAAACAGAUCAUCAAAGGCCUUGGAGAUAUUCAUGAGGCCGGUUUCGUUCAGGGCGAUUUCACCGUAUCCAACGUUGUCGUGGAUGAACAUGACAAUGCAAAGAUCAUUGAUAUCAACCGCCGGGGAUGCCCGAUUGGAUGGGAACCACCGGAGUUUACCAAAAAGUUGGAAAGUAAACAGCGGAUAUCAAUGUAUAUCGGUGUGAAAUCUGACCUGUACCAACUUGGAAUGACUCUUUGGGGCCUCGCCAUGGAAGAGGAUGAACCGGGGAGGCAACCCCGUCCUCUUCUUAUUCCGGAAGAUAUGAAGAUUCCCGCCUAUUUCAGAAGGAUUGUUGACAUCUGCAUGAGUGAAAGACCGCAGGGCCGCCUAUCCGCGAAGGACCUGCUCGCCCUGUUUGAUGACGAGGGAGAGGAAGACCUUCCCAUGCUAGGAGCUGAGGUUCCUCGAUAUGCUCCAACCCACGGCUCCAACGGUGUGUACCGCGGGAACGGCCAUGUCAACUACAAUUACCAACUGAAUCCCAUGUACAUGGACCAGCAUGCUAAGGAUAUUCACUUCGCCAGCCUGCCCACCUCCUUCUCCAAUAUGGACGACCGUCUUCGCUACCAACCACUCGGAAUGGAACCUGUGAUCAUGGCCCCCUCGAGAAAUAGUCCUGAUUUCCACUGUAUGAAUAACAAUUUACAAACUGCCCACCAUCAUCAUGGCGAGCAUGGAAUUCCUGUAUCCCCGAACGGUCUUGACCAGAACGGGCAAUUUUUCCCCGCAAAUCACUGGGGAAAUGGACAAGGUCCCAUCCCGUACUAUAAUCCUGGAUUCGUUCGACCUGCCUUAGCCUCACACAAUGCUACCAUGGGGCUAUCUGAAAUGGAACUAUUAGAUCGCCAGGAUAGAGAAACGGAAUUCGAUCCUCGAUUUGAUGAUCUAGGUCCCACGGAGCUCACAGGACAUUCCAGGGGUGGCUACCCCGUCGAUGAAAGCUAUGUUUCUGAAAUACAAGAUCACAUGGAACCCAACCCGCCAUAUUUCAUGCACGACCGUUACCUUGCACCCGAUCAACCAGACACUCCUCUUGAUUCCAUCCCCACUUCCGAAGAAUUUGGCCAAUUGCAACAUGAAUACAUUCACGAAAACAGCGUCGAUAAAACUGUCGAAGCCAGUCCGGAAACCCAGACAUAUCAUCAAGGGGCAGAUGAAUCCCCUGAAUAUAUACUUGACUCCGCGGACCUUUCGAACUCUCGCCUACCUAUCAACCCGGGUUUCAUAGAAACCCCUGACCCCAACCUACCUGACCCCGUGGAACACGACCAUCAACUUACCUCCUCGCCUAAAGAGUCACUUCAACCAUCUAUUCCUCCCGAUAACCUUCUCAUAUCCGCCUUGCCGAUCAACCCUCGAUACGAUGAACCUGAGUCCAAAGUUAUGCACUUGAAUAAGUAUGCCGAUGACGAUCUCCUGUCUUCUCAGUUGCCAAUUAAUCCGGCUUAUAUCGACCCUAUAGAUCGUGAACUACCCCCACACGAACAAGUCAACGACGCGGUUCUACCUAUCAGCAGAGCUUCUACGACACCUCAACCCUUACUCCCGACCCACGAUGACCUUCUCGAGUCCACCCUACCGAUUAACCCGCGCCACAAGGGGCAAGAACCCGAAAGUUACCGGCGCUUGAAUACAUACCCUGAUUCUGAUACUGAUCUACUAUUGUCAAAUUUGCCAAUUAAUCCGAGGUUUAUCGAACCCGCGAUUCCUAACUCAAGCACCAAUUCUAGACAAGUCAGUCUCGAAACCACGGUGCUCAGGCCCCUUACCUCGCCUGAUUAUCCAUGCUCCACGCCCGACGACUUCGACCUCCUUACCUCUGUAUUGCCGAUUAACCCACGCAACAGUACGCAGGAACUCAGUGGAAAUGGGACCACUGAAACACGCUCGGAUGAUGGCCAAUUGUUGCCAAUUUUGCCUAUCCAGCCUACCAAAUUACCUCGUGCUCAGUCCGACUCUCCGUUAACCCACAACGACCUGUUCACAUCUACUCUACCAAUUAACCCUCGCCAUAAGGGAGAUGAUGUCAGACAACUAAAGAACCCGAAUCCUGUUUUGGAUAAUGAUGAACUGUUAUCACCAGAGUCACCAGGUAUUUCAACGCCACCGCUCGAGGUGCCCUUGAUAUCUUCCAACUUAUCUCCUCCGCCUCCAGAUGACCUUUUACUGUCUGGUCUACCGAUUAACCCCCGGUACAGAAAUCAGCCACUUGAGUGCCCCGCCGCGCCGAAGGUGAACUCAGUGGAUAUCGAUCUUCUGUCAUCGAAGCUACCAAUUAACCCCCGGUACAGAGAUCAGCAACUCGAGUGCCCCGCCGUACCAAAGAUGAACGCGGCGGAUAGCGAUCUUCUAUCGUCGAAGUUACCCAUUAACCCCGCCUUCAUUCAUCCACCAUCUUCACGCGAGGAGAUAAACGGUUCCUCGAAAAUAGACACUGUUCUAAUCAGUACUUCCUGCGCCGAACUAUUUAUGUCGGUGCUACCCAUAAACCCCGCCUCCAGCACAUGA